AUGGCAAACCUCGUAAGCUCGGCUCCGGCCUUCGACGAGAAGAACUCCAUCGACGACGACUCCCUCGACAAGAAGGGUGCCGAUGGCGCCGGCCUCACCGACGACGCCAUCAUGGCCAAGGAGGUCGAAGAGUUCGAGGAGCGCCUCCAGAACGACGAGGCCACCGAGGAUGAGUACCGGGUGCAGGAGGCCUAUGAGGUCGCCAUCAAGGUCCUGUCCCUCCGGGACGACCCCGAACUCCCCCCCAUCACCUUCCGGACAUUCGUCCUAGGUCUUGGGUUCUCCGCCUUUGGCGCCGUAUUGGCCCAGAUUUACUACUUCAAGCCGCAGACACUGGCCGUUUCGACCCUGUUCCUGCUGGUUCUGUCGUACUGGUUCGGCAAUGCCAUGGCCAUGGCUCUCCCGUCCAGGGGCAUCUUCCGGUGGAUUAACCCCGGCCCUUUCAACAUUAAGGAGCAUGUAGCCAUCAUCAUCAUGUCGUCCACGGCCGCGGUCUCCGCUACUGCUAUCCAAGUUAUCUCCGUUCAGGACUUGUACUAUAACAACAAGCUGAACGCCGGACUUGCGAUCUUCACUCUCAUUGGCUCGCAACUGCUCGGAUACGGCUACGCCGGUCUGCUGCAGGACUUGCUGGUUAAGCCCACCAAGUGCUUCUGGCCCUCGACGAUCUCCACUGCCAACCUGUUCCAGGCCCUGCACUUCGACAACCAGAUGACCUCUAAGCGUGUGCGCCUGUUCUGGACGGUCUUCUGUGUCAUGUUCGUCUGGGAGAUCAUUCCGCAGUGGAUCUUCCCCCUCCUCACCGGUAUCUCCAUCUUCUGCCUCGCGAACAACACCAGCACGGUGUUCCGCAACGUGUUCGGUGGCGCGAGCAACAACGAGGGCAUGGGCCUGCUCUCGUGGUGCUUCGACUGGAACCUGAUCGGCAGCGACUGCCUGUUCGCCCCGCUCUGGCUCCAGAUCAACCAGGACAUCGGUAUCUUCCUCACGUACAUCCUCAUGGCGGGUGUGUACUACGGCAACCUCUGGAGGGCGAAGGACUUCCCCUUCAUGUCUCAGGCCAUCUUCGCUGAGGACGGCUCCCAGUACAACCAGACUGGUCUCCUCACCGACGGCAAGUUCGACCCCGUCAAGUACGAGCAGCUCGGGCCCGCGUUCUUCUCCGCCACGAACGCGCUCUACCUGAUGACCUCCAACCUGUCUCUCGGAGCCACCUUCACCCACGUCUUCUUCUGGCACUGGGCCGACAUCAAGCCUUUCCUGAAGACAUUCAACCCGUGGAACAAGACCCCCCUCGUCGUCCACGACCCGCACUACGAGAAGAUGAAGGUGUACAAGCAGAUCCCGCGCUGGUGGUACUUCGUGCUCCUCGUCGGCGCGUACGCGAUCGCGCAGGCGACGAACUACGAGGGCCACUCCGGGCUCCCGUGGUGGGCGCUCACCGUGAUCCUGCUCAUCUCGCUCGUGCUCUCGCUGCUUUUCGCAACGCUCGCGGCGACGAUCGGCUUCCGCGAGUUCACGUCGUCCGCGAACGGCUUCUACCAGAUGAUCACCGCGUACAUGGUCCCCGGCCAGCCGAUCGCGAACAUGUACGGCGCGCUGUACGGCCAGCACCCCCAGGGCCAGUGCAUUGCCAUGCUCGGUGACCUGAAGCUCGGCCAGUACGCGAAGCUGCCCCCGCGCGUGACGUUCUCCAUGCAGAUCAUCGGCACCGUCGUCGGUGCUAUCCUGAACUACGUUAUGAUGGUUACGAUUGUUGAUGCCAACCGUGACGCCCUCCUCUCCAUCUCGGGUACCCGUCUCUGGUCUGGCCAGAACGCCCAGGGCUACAACUCCAACGCCAUCUCGUGGGGUGGUCUCGCUCCCCAGAUGUUCGGCGCCAACUCCGUCUACCACAUGGUGCCCAUCUGCCUCGCCAUCGGUGUCUUCCUGCCCCUGCCCUUCAUCCUCGCAUGGUACAUCUGGCCCAAGGCUGGCUUCGAGAACUUCAGCACGCCCAUCAUCAUGCAGUACUCGUGCUUCCUCUCCGUCGGCAUCAACACCUCCGUGAACCCGUCGAUGACCAUCGGCCUCUUCUCGCAGUGGUGGGUGCGCACGCGCUACCCCCGCUGGUUCACGAAGUACAACUACAUCGUGGCCGCGGCGCUCGACGGCGGCACCCAGGUCAUCUCGUUCAUCCUCAACUUCGCGGUGUUCGGCGCGUCCGGCACCGCGCACAGCUUCCCGGAGUGGUGGGGCAACGACCUCAACCUGUCUGCGGACCGCUGUGCGCUGCCCGCGAACUGA